AUGAGAAUUCUUUCAAAAAGCAACAGAAAUAGCUAUAAUGAAGACUCUGAUUUCGAACAGGAACAAAACGAAAAGCGUUAUGGUGAUAUAAGAAUUUUGGGAUUCAAGUCUAAUUCCAAUAAUAGUACUACUAGUUCUAUACCAGUCGUUGCAUCUGAGAGUGAAUUACGGUCACGAUUUGCUAGACUCUUUGGAAAGAAACCGGUCGCCACGGCAAAUCAUGAAAAUGGCAGUAGGAACAAUGGUAGCAAUUAUAAUGAUAGUUGGGCGACCAUCACUUCUAAUUCUGUAUCUAUGGUCAGCAAAACACCAACAACAACCCCGUACGUCAAGAAAACUAGAAAGCCGCCAAAACCAGAAGUUGAAAAUCGCAAAGUGACUUCGAAUCAAGAAGAAAUUCCAGAGCAUGAAAUUGAUCUUUUACUGUUUGAGGAAUUAUCAAACGGGAGUACUUCAGCUAAAAAUGCAUUAACAAUAGAUUCAAAACCCAAAAAAAUACCAAGAGACGAAAAGAACCUAGAUAGAGAUAUUGAAAUAUUGAAGAAAAAGAAGGCACACUCCUUAUUUUCAGAUCUCAUUUCCGAUCUUGAUACUCCUGAUAUUCCAACCAUUCCUUCAUACGACACUAAUAAGAGUAAGAAUUCUACUAAUCCAAAUGACUCAGUAGUAGGUCCAAUAAUCAAUUACGAAGAUGAUGACGAUGACAAGGAUGUCGACUCUCUAGUGCGUCAAUUUCAAGACGAAGUCAAACUCGAAAUGCAAUAUGAACAAUCAAAAAAAGACAUUGAUAAGGAACUACUGGAUCGAUAUAAAUUAUUAAAAGUGGGGAUUGGCGGUGGGACUCCGAUUAAUGAUAGUGAUAAAAAGGUUGCGGAAUUGGGUCCGCCGCCAAUCCCUAUUGAUCCUACGGAAUUCGGGUAUUGUUUGAAUGAUGACCCGAGUAUUUGUAAUGAUGAUGCAACAUACAAAUGUCACGAUUGCUUCGACGAUUUAUUCUGUGAAAGAUCAUCUGAGCAAAUACGCGGACAGCGAUAUGAAAAGACAUCACUACGAGAAAUUCAAAGAAAACAAGCAACCACGAGGAUCAAGCAUUAA